CCCCUUUCUUGAGACCUGUCUUCUGGGAUCUAUUCCUCCAGAAUUCCACCAAUUUAAAUGAUAAUUUCAAAUUGUGCCACUCGUUUUUAAUUAGCGCAUUAGAUACCAAUCUAUAUAGGGCGUUCAUCAUCGUUCGAAGUUGUCAGACAGGAACAAAUUGCCCUGUGCGUCGACUGUCUAUUGAGCAUCCAUUCAUUCUUUCACCGCCUGCUGAGCUUUUGCAGUCUUGCUAGCUAGCAUUAGCCAAGAAGCAGGGGGGACCACUGGAGGGAUACUCAAAAUGUCGGGUUACCAAGGGAAAAAGAACAUUCCACGAAUUACUAGUGACCGUCUCCUCAUCAAAGGAGCAAAGAUCGUAAAUGAUGAUCAGUCCUUCAUGGCUGAUAUCUACAUGGAGGACGGAGUCAUCAAGCAAAUAGGUGACAACCUAAUUGUCCCUGGGGGAGUUAAGAUAAUAGAAGCUCAUGGGAGAAUGGUAAUGCCUGGAGGCAUCGACGUGCACACCCGAUUCCAGAUGUGUGACCGAGGCAUGGUGGCAGCUGAUGACUUCUACCAGGGCACCAGGGCAGCUCUGGCAGGAGGCACCACCAUGAUCAUCGACCACGUGGUGCCGGAGCCUGACGUAGGCUUGGUUGCGGCUUUCAAGCAGUGGAGAGAAUUGGCUGACAGCAAAUCUUGUUGCGACUACUCUCUCCAUGUGGACCUCACCGAGUGGAGAAAAGGCACUCAGGAGGAGAUGGAGACCUUGGUGAAGGAACAUGGUGUCAACUCUUUCCUGGUCUAUUUGGCCUAUAAGGAUGUUUUCCAACUUUCUGACUCUCAGAUUUAUGAGGUUUUCAGCGUCAUCAGAGACCUUGGAGCCAUCGCUCAAGUGCAUGCAGAGAAUGGUGACAUCAUUGCAGAGGAGCAGAGACGCAUUCUCGAGCUGGGUAUAACUGGCCCGGAAGGUCAUGUGCUCAGUCGCCCAGAAGAGGUGGAGGCAGAAGCGGUCAAUCGCUCCAUCACCAUAGCCAAUCAGACCAACUGUCCAGUCUACAUCACCAAAGUGAUGAGCAAAAGUGCUGCAGAUGUCAUCGCUCUGUCCAGAAAAAAGGGAUCUGUGGUUUUCGGUGAGCCCAUCUCGGCCAGCUUGGGCACUGACGGCACCCAUUACUGGAGCAAGAACUGGGCCAAAGCUGCGACCUAUGUCACCUCGCCGCCACUCAGUCCUGAUCCCACCACCCCUGAUUACCUCAGCUCUCUCUUGUCAUGUGGGGACCUGCAGGUGACGGGUAGCGCUCACUGCACUUUCCAGACAUCCCAGCGUGCAGUAGGCAAAGAUAAUUUCACCCUAAUUCCAGAGGGCACUAAUGGCACUGAAGAGCGGAUGUCCCUCAUCUGGGACAAAUGUGUGGUGACUGGCAAGAUGGAUGAGAAUCAGUUUGUGGCAGUGACCAGUACAAAUGCGGCCAAGAUCUUCAACCUGUUUCCUCGCAAAGGCCGCAUUGCUGUGGGCUCUGAUGCUGACCUUGUUCUGUGGGACCCAGAUGUCACCAAGAUCAUCUCAGCCAAGAACCACAACUUGUCUGUAGAGUACAACAUCUUUGAGGGCACAGAGGUGCGUGGAGGCCCGCUGGUGGUGAUCAGCCAAGGUAAAGUUGUGCUGGAAGAAGGCAGCCUUCACACAACGGAGGGCUGUGGGCGAUACAUCAGCCGGAAAGCCUUUCCAGAGCACGUGUACAAGAAGAUAAAGGCUCGCAGCAGGCUGACAGAGUUGCGUGGAGUCCCUCGGGGUCAGUACGAUGGGCCGGUGUGUGAGGUGAUCCUGACUCCCAAGGUCCUUUCCUCGGUGUCUGCAGUGAGGACCUCUCCUACCAAGCAGCAACAGCCGCAGCAAUUUAUUCAGCAGCCAGUGCGCAACCUCCACCAGUCAGGCUUCAGUCUGUCCGGUGCCCAAGUUGAUGACAAUGUUCCACGCCGUAACACCCAGCGAAUUGUGGCUCCCCCUGGAGGAAAAGCCAACAUCACUAGCCUCGGUUAAGCUGCUUUAGAACUGCGCCAAGAUGCGGGGAGUCAGAGGACUCCUUGCUUGCCCUGCACUUGUCCCUUCCAUCGUCACUCAUCAUGUUGUUUUAUUUAACAAGAAAGGCACUACUUAAUUUUAUUUAACCUAAUAAGAUUUAAGGGAAUUGAAAGUAUUGCUAUAGAUGUUUAAAGUUUUACCUUGUCCUCUUUGGCUUUGGAACUCUAGUCAAUCAGUCGCAAACCAUUGGGCAAUUUAAAACCAGCAGUUUUUCCUUAUGCUAAACUGCUGGUGGCACAAAACCCCCAAAGUCAACUGAUAUUCUCAAUUUUUGUUCUUGUUCAAAAGUCUAUUUGCAAUUAUCAGUAAAUUAGACUGGAAGAAUUUUUUUUAUAUAUAUUGCUCCUCAGCUUGGUCUUCCUUUAGUGUUAUAGUCAUUGCACUUUCCCUUUUUGAAUGCGGCUUUUUUUUUUUUUUUUAUUCAUAUAGUCGUUCAUUAAUGCUUUGAAUGCACUGAGAAAAAAGGAAAAGGUAUUUUAGGGUUUCAUGUUAAUUUAAUCUUGUAUUUUGUAGGCACACAAAGUUUGAGACGCAUUUUCCUCUCACCUCAUCUUUGUUAAUCGUUGGCCUCCUCAAACCUGAUUGAUGUCUGCUGAACACUUUUGAGAAUACAGACACUGCAAAGUUAGAGGGGAGGUUUCCUGAGGUUUGAUCUCUGCAUCUGGUGCUAUUUGAGCAAUGCUGUAGUGUAUAUGUGCAGUUGAUGUUAACCAUUCCUGCGUCCAUCAUCCUACAAUUGUCUUACACCCACGGGUUGAAUUAGCCACUCAAUGAGACACAUUCGUUUUGCACUUGUACCAAUCCAAAUAAUACACAUGUAUGUGAGCUUGCAAUUUUUUGUGGAGUUUCUCUGUUUUUAGCUUAUGUGUUAAAUCAAAAUAGUCUCCUGCUUGUUGUUUAAUGCUGUAUAUUGGUAGCACACUGUAUUUAUGAAGGCUCUUGAAACAAAUCAUCUUUCAGACCUGAUGGAACAUUGCAACAUGGACUGUUAUUUAUUUAGAUGAACCCUCACUUGCGUGCUGAUGUUUCCACCUCUCUCUGUGAUAGUGUUGUGAACCAAGUACCAGAUCCAAAUCCAGUUACCCUUUGUCUUACCCUUACUUGUUGCCACCAAUUUGAAUUGGAGCCACAGCAAGUGGUCAGUAAGUUGAAUAUACAGUACUACGUCUCCCCAUUGGCUUGUCAAGUGUAUGCCUGUAAUUCCAGGCAAUAAUGUGAAGUGGAUGACAUUCUUUUUGACAAGAUUCUUGAUAGUGGUUAUUGAGCUGUAAUGUGCAGCGCUGGUGUUGUCCCACUUAGUGUUAUAUUCAGUCAUGUAUAUCUUGUAGGAUACCGAGGUUUGUUGGGGCACAAAUCAAUGGUCCUUUCUGCAUCUGACCUGACCUGUGUUGACUCAGUGGAGUAAAAUAGAAUUAAAACAUUUGUUACUGACUCCUUUUCACCCCUUCCCCAUCUGUUUACUAUGUAUGACCUUGUGCUAACCACUACUGUAUAUCAAAAUGCCUAGUUUAAAUUCACCAUGAUCUAAUU